AAACGAAUUUUCCAUCAGGAUAAGGGUUCCCCAUCCUCAUUUAUUCGCUUGAUUAUUAAAAUAAUUAAAUUUUUAGUGAAAUAAUAUAGAAAUUCAAAGGAACCUUUUUUUUUUUUUAAUUUUCUCUCUAUGUUGUCAAUAAUUGCGGAAAUAUCGUCUCCCACGUGCACUUCACCGGAUAUUAAUAAUACCCACUGCUUUUACACUCUCCUGCAUUCUCCGCUCUUUUUAAUUCCCAAAACGAUGUCGCUCGUUUUUGAAAGGAAUGAUGAUACUAAUUCAAUCAGGCGCUCAGGGUUUAUCCAAGGAAUGCAGUGUAUCCCCGUGUAUGAUUCGCCGGAGGAGAAAAGCGAGGACCAGAGGAGGUUGUUGUUGGCGGAGGAGAUAGAAGAUGAUGAUUUGGGGUCUUGUAGUUCAUCGUCAAUCGGAAGGAACAGUGAUGUUUCCGGUGAAUCAUCAUCGGGCGGUGAAGAUUCAACUGAGGCUGAAGUGCAAAGCCAGCUUAAAGGACCUUUGGAUACCAUGGAUGCUCUAGAGGAGGUUUUGCCUAUGAGAAGAGGCAUAUCCAAGUUUUAUAAUGGCAAAUCGAAGUCCUUCACAAGUCUUGCUGAUGCUGCAGCUGUUUCCUCUGUUAAAGAUUUUGCAAAGCCAGACAAUCCCUAUAACAGGAAACGCAAGAAUUUAUUAGCUCAUAGUUCUUUGUUGGACAAGAAUCGUACUAAUCCUUUGAGAAACAGCGGAAGUGGGAUAUCAAAGAGACUAGCUAACUCCAAUCGAAGCACAAUGGCUCUUGGAACUACUACAAGCAACUCUGACUUCAACUCAACCUCCUCAUCGCUAUCUAGCUGUCUUCCACCUCUGCAUCCUCAGUGUAAAAAAUCAACUACCAUCAGAUCAUCAUCGCCGACUAUGCGAACGAACCCUCCUUGCCGGUCUUUCUCCUUGUCUGAUCUACAGUUUGUUGCUGCUGCAACUCCUGACAUAGCUGGUUUGGCUGUUCAUAGUGGCAACAAGGACAACAAACUGCGUUGAAUUUAACUGAAAUUUCACUUUCAAAAUUAUGAAACUGGACGUUGCCAAAAUGCUUAUGGUAUUGGUCUUGGAGACUGUCUCUUACAGCUUCCUGAUUUGAUCUAAUGGUUGUACUUGUAGUGCUAGGUAUACGAUGGCCAUGCAUUUUGAGAAGUAAUUCCUGCUGUACUAUUCUCAUCUCUUAUUUGCAUUCAGUUGUUAAUGAUGAGAAUGCUUUAUUGUAUAAUACCAGAAGUAAGAUAGAUUCUCUUCCUAAGCAGCAAAUGUUGGCCUUUUUCUUAUUUCAGCAAUAUGGGAGUUAUUUUACAUGUUACUAUAGUACAGUUUUUCCUUUCCUCUUCCUCUCUACCCACUUCACCAUUCCUUGUGUUACUUUUCUUGCUGUAUGCAGAUGAUCUGUGCUUUAGAGUGGCUUGGUAACGGAUUUCCUAGGUCCUUGGUUCAGCUCGUCGUUAUGGUUCUUGGUUUUUGCCAAUUCCUGUGGCAAAUAGUGGAAUUUGCUAAAUUGGUCAUCAAUCAUCAGCAGAUGGAAAUAGCAAGUGGCUGACAAUUUGAAAUGAGAAAUAAAGCUUAGAAAUGUUUUCAACUUCCCCUUUAUUACUUUGUAAGUGCGGUCUACCUCUGUAUUAAGAGGGAAAGUUGUAGAGAAGUUCAAUCUAGUUUCCCGGGUAAGGUAACCUUCUUGUAAGUUUCAAGACCAUUGAAUCUGCCUUGAUGAGGUAUGAUGAUUACACCAAAAUUAUAGCUAUAGGAAGUCAGAUUAUGGUUGCACCGGCAUGUUCAGAUGUUCGUGUGCAUAUUAAACCUGUUCAAGUUGUUACAAGUAAAAGUUAUGGAUGUCACAAUAAUGCAAACGGUUAGGCAUGAUGGGCCUCGGUCCAAAGCCUAAAUCCAAAUGGAAAACGAGUCGCCUUUCCACUCUCCUACCAUUGCCGAAACCGGACCAAAACAUUGGACGACAAUACAUCCUCUCCAUUUACACAUCCGUAUAUACACUGGAAAUACGAUUCUAUUGUUUCUAAUCCUUCUUAAAGGUAAGCAUACUCCCAUGGCUUCAGUGAUUUCAACUCAAGAAUUACAGUAAUGAAGUACUAGUGAGAGUUUAGUCUUAAAUUUUUAUUAACAUUGGCUUUUAUUGCGUGUUUGGUAUUUCUUGGGGAUUGAAUUCUCAGUUUUGGUCGGUUGAAAAAUGGAGCCGGCCCCUAAUGGUGAAGAACCCACUUCGCGGGAUGAGUUAUACAACGUAGAUUUGAUUCCAUCUGACUUGUUCCUCAAGUUUAGAAAAGAAAUCAAGGGGUUUCGAGUUGGUGUCAAUUUUGAGGUUAUUUUUUUAUGCUUUUCCUUCAUAGUCUUAGAUUGUUGCAUCCAUAUGCUCUAUGAUGUUACAAUUUUGGCAGAUAUUAUAUGAUUCCCGUUAUCCUUUUUGUAUGUAAAUGGGCAUCGCUUUUUGUUUGGUCCAGUGAAUUUAUGUAUGGAGUUUAGUUAGUAAGUAGUAAUGUAAGCUUCAGGCAUGAAUCCAUGAAAGGAAU